AUGCAGCUGCUGAUCUCUGCGUUCAACCCGGCAGCAGUGGGCAACGUGAUGUGCACAAACCUGAUCAACAUUGACUGGCAGGGUGCUCUCUUUGACUGUGAUUUCAACCAACAGCUCGCCCUCGGCCUUCCUCCCAAACCAUCUAGUGCACCCAACUCUCCCCUUUCUGCGCUCCAUUCUUAUUCUGUGUCCCCCCCUCUCUCCAAACCCCCGGGCCUCCUACUCGAUAUGCCCAUUGCAGGCAAGGCGCCCUCUUCGACUGGCGCUCUCUUCGACUGUGACUUCAACCAGCAACUCAACCUCAGCCUUCCCCCCAAGCCAUCCACUGCAACAAACUCUCCCCUCGCCCCUCCACCUCCCCCUCCUCCCCGCUCUGUCUUUGACAUCCAAUCACUGGAGGAGCUUGUGGAUCGCCCCAUAGCCACAGCGGCACACUGCUUCGGGUGA